UGGUCUUUUCGAUCGUUUUGUUUCAAAGAUGUAUAUGGUUACAUGCUGGCUUUUACUGCAAUGCUGAACAUCUACCUGACUGAUGCGUAUAAAGAGUCACUCUGCAUCUGCACAGUCAGCGGCUACCUCUACAAGAGCGAUCCUGGCUGUCGUUUUACCCAUUUGCAGCAACUCCAAUGUACACUAACUAAGCUUGAAGUCCACUGGGCUGGCUCAUUAGUAGGAUUCCUUGCAUUAGCAUUGGCUUUCAUACUUUUUGCUUUCAUCAAGUAUGGCAAGUUGGCAGUAUAAUUGUACAUUGGAAAGGGGCAGAAACCGGCAAGUGGAAUUGUCUUGUAUUGAUGUUUAUCUG